UGUUUUGCUCUGCCCUCAGUUUAGAGACACACAGCAGCCCUGACACCACACGGAAUUAUACAACUCUCCAGCCUAGGAAUCUGGGGCAUGUGCCCCCCCACCACCAUCACCACCAACAACACCAACCCCACCCCCACCCCCUCCUCCCUUGGCAUCCUAUUGUUUUUUGAUCUGACCUUUCCCUGCCUCCCUGUGUAGAAGGAAACCUACCAACUCCUCACCCUCCUAAAGAUUUGACGUAGUCACCGACUUCAAAGCUUCCCAACUCUUACCAAUAAGCAUCACCAAGAGCCUCCAGGAUCAGAAUGAACGUCCCCUAAAGCCUGUGUCCCAGCCUCUGGUUUCUGUUACCCUGUGAAGGAGACGAGAAUGUCCCACGUGCACUUUGCUGUGGUUCUUCUCCUGGUCAGAUGUCUACUCUCCGUCGCACUAGUGUUCCCAAAAGAUCUGAGCCCUCUUAGAAGUGUUGAUGCAGCAAGCACUAAAUCCUAUCCAUGGUUCCGGGGACUGACCGACGACGACUCCGCACACCUUGGUCUGGACUUCCAAAAGAUGAUCCGGCUCAACCAAACUUUGUUUGUUGCUGCAAGAGACCACGUAUAUGCCAUUGAUCUGAGGAGAGCCAAAGACAUGAUUUCACCGGACAGGUAUAUAACAUGGAAGACUCAAGAUAUGGACAACUGCGCUAUGAGGGGCAAGCAGGAGGAGUGCUAUAACUACAUCAAGGUUCUGGUACCCAAAAACGACCAGACGUUUAUUGCUUGCGGCACCAAUUCAUUCAACCCGAUGUGCCGAAACUACAAGAUCAAAACCCUGGAGCAGGAAGGGGAGGAGUUUAACGGCCAGGCGCGCUGCCCCUUUGACGCCAAGCAAGCCAGUGUCGCUCUCUUUGCAGAUGGAAAUCUGUAUUCUGCAACUGUGGCCGAUUUCCAGGCAAGUGACGCCGUCAUAUACCGCAGCCUAGGGGAAAAGAGCCCAGUCCUCCGCACCGUCAAGUACGACUCCAAGUGGCUGAGAGAGCCCCACUUUAUACAUGCGGUGGAAUAUGGAAACUACGCCUAUUUCUUUUUCCGGGAGAUCUCCAUGGAAUACACCACCCUGGGAAAGGUGACUUUCUCUCGCGUAGCCAGGGUAUGUAAGAACGACAUGGGCGGCUCCCCGCGAGUAUUGGAGAAGUACUGGACCUCCUUUCUGAAGGCUCGGCUCAACUGCUCCGUGCCGGGAGACUCCUUCUUCUACUUCGACGUCCUGCAGUCCAUGAGCAACAUCCUCACCGUCAACGGGCGGCCCGCCGUCGUUGGGGUGUUUGGCACUCAGGCCAAUAGCAUCACCGGCUCAGGGGUAUGUGCCUUCUACAUGGAGGACAUCGAAAGAGUCUUUAAUGGGAAGUAUAAAGAGCAAAAGACCACUGAAUCUGCUUGGACCCCAAUUCUAGAGGAAAAGGUCCCGACCCCCAGGCCUGGCUGUUGUGCAGGAUUUGGAAGUGCGGCUUCAUACAAGACCUCCAAUGAGCUCCCGGACGAGACUCUCUCCUUUAUCAAGUCUUUCCCUCUCUUAGAUGAAGCUGUGCCAUCCAUAACAGAGACACCCUGGUUUACAAAGACAACCAGCAGGUAUAAAGUGACCCAAAUAGCCGCAGACACCUCCGCCGGACCCUAUGGAAAUUACACGGUCUUGUUCCUGGGAUCGGAUGACGGAAAGGUUCUAAAGGUUCUUUCUGGAACUACAGAGAAUUCCACUGUGGAAACUCUGCUUCUGGAAGAGAUCAAUGUCUACAGCUAUGAUAGGUGCGGUGUGAAGAUGGAGGACGGAAGGAUCCUGGGGUUACAGUUGGACCGUGAGAAUCAUGCGCUGUUUGUGGCGUUCUCCAGCUGCAUCAUCCGCGUUCCGCUCAGCCGUUGUGAUGCAUAUGGGACCUGUAGACGAAGCUGCCUGGCAUCAAGAGACCCCUACUGCGUGUGGUUAAAGUCGGGGACUUGCGCCAGCUACCGGGGUGACAUAAGGGCUGGUUUCGAACAGGAUAUUGAGCAAGCGAAACAUCGGGGAAACUGUCAAGAUGUUGUCACUGCGUCAGGAAACACAGACAGGGAAGGGGACUCGGCUUAUGGGAAAAACCCGGCCAGCAGCGACUUCACCAUUGCCAGUGUUGCCUCCCUUGGGGUAGUGACUCUCCCAGGCGGGCAUGGCUACCCCCCACCAGGUGUGACUUCAGACGGUUACUACCAACUCUCUGCCUGGCACACUCUUAGAACCCAGGGUGUACGUCAGGAAGCUGCUGGAAAAGAGGCCACCAAGACGGUCCACUUUACCUUCCUUAUUGGCUGUGUCUUCGUAGCCUUUGUUGUGGGAGCCAUCUUCUCUGGUCUCUUUGUGUCUUGUUACUGCAACCAUAUGUUCCAGAAAAGUAAGCACAUUGGGAAGGACCCAGAGUCCAGUCUUCAGAGACCACUGUCCCUGAGGAGCCUGGCAAAGAUGAAUGGACUACUAGACAGCCAAUCCAAGGAAGGAAUGAUGGAAGCUACUUCUCCGAAGCUCUACACUACACUACUGCACGGUGAAAAAGAGCAGCCAGCAGAGGCAACCAAAGCUGGGACGAAAGAACAUCCUGAGCUCCAGGGUCUUCCCACACCAGAGUCCACACCAGAACUGCCCAUGAAGAACCUCAAGGCCUUUAAGAACCAAUGGGAAAGGAAUCAGAACUGUAACAAUGCCAAAGAAAUCCAAGGCAAGAGUCCAGUGUUUCAUUUCCCCAUAUCCAAUUCUCAAGUCUUUCAGUUUCCUAGCACCAUGGUCCUCCCAAGUAGCAUGCAUGGCUACGACCAGCCCCUGCCCACCUACACAGAUGAGAAGAAGAUACCCAACUGUGAAAGGGCUCUCCUACGUCACUCGCAGUGUUAUCUCCCGAAAGGGGUUGAGGUGACCACUCUAGAUGAACUCCUCAAGCACCUUCCAGAAAGUGGCGGAUCGCCAAGGAAAAUGUCAGGCAUGAUGGCUUUUAGCCCACAGGCCGUCAGCCCCCAUUCACCCUUGUCCUUUAUGAACAGAGUCCAGCCCCAAAUUCCCGACACUGAAAGUGCACCUUAUUACAGCUCCUCAACACUUCCGAGGGACAGUCUGCCCAGGAGACUUGACAUACCACCAGAUGUUUCUCCCCAGUCCUGCUUGGAGAAACAGUCUAGGCACCCGUCUCAGAGACAUUCUCUCUCCUCUGGACACAAACUCAUGAACUUGGGUCCAGGAGGGCCGAUGGUUUCUAGACAGCAUAGCCUGGGACAAGGUGGCAGGCAACAUCCUGCCCCUCUUCUCACCAGGAUGCACUCAACGGGCACACCAGUGCCUAUGGAUAGCCACAACGUCUUUCUCUCCCGGCAGCACAGCUACUCAGAGCAAAACCCAAUGCAGAGAAGUAUGGUGAAAAGGACCCUCUCAUUGAGGCCAGAAGUGUCAUCAAACCCUGUGUUCCUACCAUCUUCUCCCGUAAAGGAUGCAAAUCAGUUUAAGUAUUAAAAAGAUCAGUUUAGCUACUCUACCAACCAAAGGACACUUAGAACAAUUCUAAACUCAGUUGAAGAAAUGUGAAAACUGAUGCUGUGAACUUUGCCUUGGUGUUCUGAAAUGCCCUCGCCACAGAGUACUUUCAAAGACAUUGAAUGUCACGUAAUCUCCAGCAAACAAGAGUGUUCCAAGAAACGACUGGAGAGUGUGCGAAGCGGUGAGACGGUCUACGCCACCAACGCACCCAUGAACUGCCUUGAUGUCCUAGGGUGACAGCACGUGAGACACUGUUGGAGGGCAGACAACUGCUGUUUUAUUUUAAAAGUAUUCUACCUAGCUACAGUGUAGGCCUCUACUUGGAGCACAUGACCCGCAUAUGUUGACAACCGAUGUCCAUUUAUGCACCAGGAGAGCCUGCCCCAUCACCUGAUUGGUGGAUGUGAUUUGGGAGGGUGGGAAAUGGGGUAACCUCACAGAUCAUCACAAAUAAGUAUCAAUCCAACGGACUUAAAUUACCUGUAUCUCUGAGCCGAAGAAUAGCACUAACGAGACCCAUGAAAUGGACAGUCACGCGUUUCAUGGCCGCAGUUGGAUGAAGAAAGGAUACCUCAAGAGGAAUAGAUCAAAUGUAAAUUAAAUUUAUAUAUACAUACAUGUAUAUAUAUAUAUAUAUAUAUAUAUAUAAAGAUAUAUAUAUAUAUUUCACAAUCUUAACUCCAUAUAAAAGGAGGUUAAAAUACCCUACUGUGUAGGGGUUAGAAACUCACUUCUAUAUUAAUGUUUCUGAAAAUGUAUAGAUCAAAAAUAAACAUUAAAAAAAAAAAAUGAAAAUGAAGAAUUAGUCGGAAGUCGGUGCCUGAGCUAAUGUGUAGCGUCACCCAUCCAAUCAGGUGUACGUCAAUGGACUUCAGCAUCGUGAAUCUCUCACCGCAGCAGUAUCAGAGAAACGGUCUCGUCUAGGCUGUUCUUAAAUCACCGGUGACUGUCAAAUAUAUUCCAGAUGAGGGUGAUGUAAAACAGCCGAGCUAUGAGCACCGUGUGCUCAACAUUGAUGGGGCCCCACGCCUGCCGUAUCUUUGGACUAGUGAUCGGAGGGAGUUGGCCGAGACUGAAAGUUCCUUCAGGAGAAAGGCGCUUGGCAAAGAGACUCUGCUCUUUAUUUGAAUCCAGAUAGGUCAAUGGAUAGUCUGUGUACAUGUGUGCCUUAUUUCAACCUAGUAUUAUGAACACUGCGAUUGUAGCAACACACGUCUGUAUUUAUUUUGUCACUGAGUGGUUCUUAUUUUUGCAAAGGGGUGCUUUCACUAGUGGAGCAACGCAACGCUCCACUGUACGUUGUCGGGAAAUGCCGUCUUGGUGGCUGCUAGCCAGGUUCACGUCUAUAGGCGCCGCAGAUUUAUUUAUUUUGCCCAUCAGAUUUCCCUAGUACUUAGUUUUCAUGGGUUUUCACCAGUAUGCCAGUAAAAAAUGAUCAUUAAUGCGCUCCAGGUAGUACCUCAUAUUAAAUCCUUUGAAUACGUAAAUUUGGUCACCCGGACUAUGCAGAUCUGCUCUGUGACCAGACUUCAGCUGCAAACAAGUCACGUCAUGGCUACUUUCCCUAUCUAGUUUUCAACGUAGGUCCUCAAAGGAAAAAUUAUGUAGAGAGGCCGCCGAGCGGUCUUUACUGGCAGCGGUAACUCCGGAUCCAUUUAUUGCGUUAUAAGGGACGCAGAAAUUGCGUAUAUCAGAGUUUAGGGUAGCAUUUAAUAAAACCGUAUGUAAAGUAUACCAAUGUACCUAAUCUUGUUUUGGUUAUCUAACUCAAAGGCAAUAUACAAAAUUUACAGAGGUUGUUCUAUAAUGGUAAAGGUAAAUUUACCGUAAAGCAAGCGCAGAGAAAAAAAACAAAAACAUUAUAGCAAGUUUACAAAAACAUCUUCAUGAAUAUUUCAUUUUUAGCGCGUGGCAAAAGCGUUGAUGAAUGGAGAGUUGUUCCAGACAAAAUAAAUGUUUUCUGGGUAAUAAUAUUCAGUAGGGGCCCUAAAAUGCUAGAGCACUCUACGAUUGAAGCACUCUAAAGGGGAUGCGGUCAAGAUGGCGGCUGUCAGGAUCUCAGGAGUCGGAAUGCCUACGCAGAAAUCCCGACAACCGUCAGAAUGCCAAACAACGGAAUCCCGUCAGGGCCAGGGGAUCGACAGUGUUACCUCCCCACUAUCGGGAUUUACUCUAUCGGGGUGCAAGCGUCGGUAUUCUUACUGCCGGCAUCCCGUCAGCCAGAAUAUCCUUCUAAAGUACUCUAGAGUAACGGCGACCAGCGUUUCCCUUUGAGAUGGAUCUAUUACCGAUUUACCGUACAGGCUUCUGAAAACUGGCUGGAAAAAUGCAGAAUUCGUUAUCACUCGAUGAUAGGUAGAACUUAAAAAAUGUCCAACUUUCGCUUAUUUGUCUCAUAAAUAGCUUAAAUCUCCCAAUCAUUCUUAUAGCUCGUUAUAGAUUAUGGUGACACGGAUCUAUUUACACUACUUAUCUUCACUCUUAUAGAAUGACCUCUUCAUCAGAUCAAAGAGAUAUAGGGGAACCACUAUAAACACUACUACUGCUGUGAAAGAAAUAUCUAUCAUCUAUUGAUUUUACAGUAAAUAUAAGUUCAUUACAAAGAAAUGAAUGACUUACUCCUGAGGUCCUUAUCUUGAGAGCCCUACAUUUCCAUUUAUCCACAACUGAAUCACCAAUGAAUGAAUGAAGAAAUAUAUAUGUGUGUGAUCACGUGUGGGUGUGUAUAAUAAGAAUUUACUUACCGAUAAUUCUAUUUCUCGGAGUCCGUAGUGGAUGCUGGGGUUCCUGAAAGGACCAUGGGGGGAUAGCGGCUCCGCAGGAGACAGGGCACAAAAAGUAAAGCUUUAGGAUCAGGUGGUGUGCACUGGCUCCUCCCCCUAUGACCCUCCUCCAAGCCUCAGUUAGGAUACUGUGCCCGGACGAGCGUACACAAUAAGGAAGGAUUUAUGAAUCCCGGGUAAGACUCAUACCAGCCACACCAAUCACACUGUACAACCUGUGAUCUGAACCCAGUUAACAGUAUGAUAACAGCGGAGCCUCUGAAAUAUGGCUCACAACAAUAAUAACCCGAUUUUUGUAACUAUGUACAAGUAUUGCAGAUAAUCCGCACUUGGGAUGGGCGCCCAGCAUCCACUACGGACUCCGAGAAAUAGAA